UUGCCUGCCUACAUCAAUCUGCAAGGGAGUUGCAGAAAAGCCUCAUGUUCAUCGAGCCGUGUGGGCAAGAAAACUUUUCCUUUAAAACUUUUCAACAGCGGGCAUAAAAUUCUGCAGCUGAGGUCUUGAAGAAUGCAGAUGGGUACAGUAUGUGUUGGAGCUCGCAGUGUGUAUUGACUAACCUAGUUUCUUUCUGCCUUUCUCAUAUUGUCUUGUUAAAAGUGACUCCCAAAUGCCAAAAUAUCUUUAGGGGUGGGGAAAAGGGAACCAGGGAGAUGCCCAGAUUACAGGGUUCUACAGUGAAGUUUGAAUGCUUUUCCUGGACUCUGGACAAAAAACACUGUCUACUCAGUUGUCCACAUCAACAAAAUAGAAGUAUAAGUACCUGUUGCUGGUGGAAAUUAGGAGGUGUAAGUGUCAUAUUCUUUGAUUCGUGGCCCCCUGAAAAACAUGGAUUUUGGUAUCCAUAUCCCUUAUCUGUUCUCCUUGAGGAGGGUCCAGGUAAACUUCUGAAAAUUGUUAAAGCCUUUUAAUUGUGGCUAUUUGACUAUUUUGCAUAAUGGGCAGGUCAGACCUCAUUUGGUAAGAUCCCAUACUCUGUCAUGAUAUACUUGUCUAUAAAUACAUCAGUAGUCCAGUUUCCAGUUAUGUUUCUAGACCCUGUUUUUCAGUGAAUUUGAUGGGGAGUACACAAAAUUGAUAGUCGGCAAAUCCAGGUGAAUUGUUGCAGCAGAUACCCAUGCAUGGAUAAUGUAAUACUGUCUUAUUUAAAACCAAACAUGAAUUUCAGGAGACGAAACCAGACAGAGGGUGAAGUUUACAGAUGAUCGUGUCUGCAAGAGCCAUCUCCUGGACUGCUGUCCUCAUGACAUUCUUGCUGGAACGCGCAUGGACCUAGGAGAAUGUACAAAAAUUCAUGACUUGGCCCUUCGAGCAGAUUAUGAGAUAGCAAGUAAAGAGAGAGACCUGUUUUUUGAGUUGGAUGCAAUGGAUCAUCUGGAGUCCUUUAUUGCAGAAUGUGACAGAAGAACUGAACUUGCCAAGAAACGACUUGCUGAAACACAGGAAGAGAUCAGUGCUGAGGUUUCUGCAAAGGCAGAAAAGGUACAUGAAUUGAAUGAAGAAAUUGGCAAACUGCUUGCUAAAGCUGAACAGCUGGGAGCUGAAGGAAAUGUGGAUGAAUCCCAGAAGAUCCUUAUGGAAGUGGAGAAAGUUCGAGCAAAGAAAAAAGAAGCUGAGGAAGAAUAUCGAAAUUCCAUGCCAGCAUCCAGUUUCCAGCAGCAGAAACUUCGAGUCUGUGAGGUGUGUUCUGCAUACCUUGGUCUCCAUGAUAACGAUCGUCGGCUUGCAGAUCACUUCGGGGGCAAAUUACACUUGGGAUUUAUUCAGAUUCGUGAGAAAUUGGAUCAGUUGAGGAAAACAGUGGCAGAAAAACAAGAAAAAAGAAAUCAAGAUCGUUUGAGGAGGAGAGAAGAACGAGAACGAGAAGAAAGGAUGGGCCGAAGGUCUGGAUCAAGAACUAGAGAUCGAAGAAGGUCACGAUCUCGGGACAGGCGGCGAAGGCGGUCAAGAUCAGGCUCUCGUGAGAGGCGAAAGUCCCGGUCACGAUCUCGGGACAGACAUAGGCGCCACCGUAGCCGCUCCCGUAGCCAUAGCAGAGGUCAUCGACGUGGUUCCAGAGACAGAAGUUCGAAACACAAAUCUAGAGAUCAAUCUUCAAGAGAGAAAUCGCAGGAUAAGGAGAGGAGGGGAAAGAGCUUUGCUGAAAAAAGGCAUGAGGGCACAAACGGCAGCGCUGGUUCAGAGAGAUCAGAAGAAAGAGAAGCUGGCGAGAUCUGAACUCACACUCUGUGUUGCACUGUAAAUAGUCCGAUAACAUUCUACACACAGCCUACAUUUACCAUUUAUAUUUGCCGAACACAGCUCAUCUUUUGUAGUUUUAAAUUUUUAUUGUUUUGAAGAUAGCUGUGAGUUUAUAUAGAUGCAGAGUUACAUACUGUUUACUGGAAUUUUGUUUAGUAAGAAUUGAAGAAAACCCAAUCUGAUAGACUGUAUAGGCCAGUGACACCCAUGGAAUUUGUUGGUUGCCUCGCCCCAGUGAAUGCAUUGGUUGGCCCCAUGGUCAGAAAUGUAAUAAUUUCCUGCCCCCCCAACCCCAAUUUAUGUCCUUUAGAAAACAAUUGCCAUGACCUUCCAGAGACUUGAAUUAUAUAAGAUUAGUUGAUAACAUUACUACCACACUGGUGCUGAAUUUGCUAUUUGUUAGGUUUAUACACAGAAGAAUCAGGAAUUUUAACUAUUUGGCCACCAUUUUGAGUUUAUCUGGUGCUUCAAGUCCAGAAUAUUAUUUUUUGUACCCCCCAUUUGUACACCUUUGCUUCAGAAAGAUAACCGGAGCACUUUGUGGACCUUAUGGGUGGGGUGCUCUAGAUUACUUAAAAUUAUCUGAUUUUAAAAGUCAGGAAAGGAUUGACUAUGAAUUUUUGGUUCUUUUGUUCAUUCUCUAUUUUCUGGAUCCCUCCCAGUUAAAACAUAAGUUCAAAGGACACAUGUAAAGCUUCUACAUAUACUCAAUUGUUAUUUUGGUUGUUUUUUUUUUUUUUUUGCAAAGUAAGGUUUAAAAACAUCAUACAACUUUAGCACAGAUCUUGUGGGAUUGUGUCUUUACCUGAAUUUUACAGUGUAGUCUUUUUGUUUACCAGUUAUAUUUGAGACAAAGAUAAAUCAAUAUAUAAUCAAAUUAUAUAUUCAGAAAUUCUCAUCAGUAGGGGCACUGUUAAAAAGUUGGUGCUGUGAACUCUUUGGCUUCUAGGGUUACCAUAGUUUUUUGUUUUACUGUUUGAAAUACUGUGUGAUUUCACACAGCUAAACUCUUUAUCCCACUUGAUUGAGGCAGCCAAGUAGCUUUGACUACACAGUCUCUUAAACUUUAUCCCACAGGUUAAUUUGUUUCAAUUCCAGAAAGCAAUUAUUUUACCUUAAUACCAAAUGAAUGUUUUCAAAUUGGUGAACAUGUUAUUUGUAGAUACUGCAGAAAUUUCCACUUUUCAGUUUAAGAAGGGAGGGGAAUUUUGAGGAACUGAGCUUCUAAAAUUUGUUUUUCUUUUUAACAUGGGCCUCCCACCUUAAGUUUCUGUAUUGGUCUGUUUGGUCUUAUUGAUGCAUGUUUAGCUAUUGCGGGAAUCUAGUUCUGUUUUUCCAACAACUAUAACAUUUUAAUUAUGGGUUAUUUGUAGUCUCUACUAUGUUCAGGGUUCUCUUUUUCCAUGUACUCCCUAGUCCCUCUCCCAUGGCCCUUCCCUCCUGUUCCCAAUCCCCAAGGAGAGGACAGGCCUAUCUAUGGCCAUGGUGAAUUUCUCUUUCUUGAACAAAAUGGUCCUAAUGUCCUAAAGCAUCUGAUAACUGAUUCCACAUUAAAAAGGCAGUGGUAGAAUGGAACCCUCAUUACAUCGAUUUGUUGUCUGUGCAACGUUUUGCAAAUAACAUGACAACUGGGAGUUGUUUCUUGUGGCACCUUUGCUUAUGAGGAGUUUUGGUCUAAGUAUACAAAUGUAAGUAAAAUACGCUGUUCUCUUGCCAGUCUAACUCACAUUAAAGAUUUAUGUUUAUGUCGCUUGGAGUA